GCUAAAAAGUUUGGGAACCCCUGGAUAGAGUACAAUGAACAAAGCUUAGUUCGAAAUCCACAUUGCAACAGUAGCCUCUAGUGGCUUCAAGAUGUACUAACACGACAGUGUUAUUCAAUGGUCUGUUUAAAUAACCCAGCUGGACUGUUUUGUCUCCAGUAGAUGCGAGUAACUGUUAUCUUCGUAAGAUGAAAUAUGUUUAUUAAAUUACAAACAUUUGCGCUGUGACUAAUAUAUUGCAUAUGUGAGGCUUUACACAAAUGUUCGGUCAAAAUAACCGAGCAUGAGAGCAUCCACAGCCAAAGAAGACAAACAGGACAGACACGAUCUGAAAAUCUGAGCAUUUCACCCGGACACCGACAGCAAUCGUUUAACAUCUGGAUCUAGUGUUCCGCGGUGCGUUCAUCGCGGAUUUUCAGUCAUCCCAUGUUUGGCCGUUACCUGAGUACAGUAGGCUUCCCGCCAGCUCAGAACGUCUACAACCACUGGAGACACUGGUAUCAGCCUGGUCAUUUAUGGUGGACGCAGCCACCACAGCUGCAGCAUCCCUCAUCCUCCUUCAGCACUGUCAGACACCCGUUCAAUAGACCCCCGAGACCUCCGGAUCCGUACCAGUGGAGCUCCUGGAGGCAAACUGGAGUACUGCCCCACACUCGAGGCCUUCACCUUUCUGCAGGUCUGAUGGAGAGCACUGACAGACCCCCACCACAGAAGAGGAGGAAGAGCGCAGAAGGGGAAAUAUCUCAGCGCUCACCUCAACAUUCACCUCCGAAAGGCAGCAGGAGUCCAAAAGGAAGUCCUGAAUGGCUGCGCAAUGUAUCUAGCAUUGAAGUUGCAAAUAGGACUUCAGCCGUACCUGAACUGAAGAGACACUGGGAGGAUCUUUCUCAUCUGUGCAAAGCUGCACCAUCUGUGAACCGAGGGAAGCAAAAAUGGCCGUUUGACUUUUCGGUGAUGUCCUAUAAUAUCCUCUCUCAAGAUCUGCUCUGUGAUAACACAUACCUUUACAGACACUGUAAUCCUCCUGUUCUGGACUGGCGCAAUAGGUUUCCUAAUAUAAUCAAAGAGCUGGAACAGUACAGUGCUGAUAUAAUGUGCCUGCAGGAGGUGCAAGAGGACCACUAUAAACAACAGAUCAAGCCCUCACUAGAAUCUUUAGGCUACCACUGUGAAUUCAAGCGGAGAACGGGUCUCAAGCCUGACGGAUGUGCAGUGAUCUUCAAACGCGAACGCUUCUCUCUGGUUUCCUGUCACCCUGUGGAGUAUUUCCGCCGUGGCGUCCCGCUCAUGGACCGAGAUAACGUGGGCCUGAUUGUGCUGCUGCGGCCCAUUGAUCCUCAUGUCUCUCUCUCCAACAUCUGUGUGGCUAACACACAUUUACUCUACAACCCUAGACGUGGGGACAUUAAACUGGCCCAGCUGGCUAUGCUGCUGGCAGAGAUAAGCCGCGUGUCCCAGUUACCUGACAGCAGCGUUUGUCCUGUGCUGCUCUGUGGGGAUUUUAACUCUGUUCCCUGGUCACCCCUCUAUCGCUUUAUUAAGGACAGAAGGCUGGACUACGAUGGCAUGCCUAUUGGGAAGGUGUCAGGACAGGAGGAGACCCCAAGAGGGCAGCGUAUUUUGACUGUGCCAAUUUGGCCCAGAAGUCUAGGCAUCUCUCAGCAGUGCCAGUAUGAAAACCAAACUAGAGAUUCUGAGUUAAGAGAUUUGGAGCAGACUGAAAGGGAAAGUUUUACCGAAGCCAGCAUAGAGCACUGUUUAAGGCUGACGUCUGCGUACUCGCAUCACCUGAAAGAGAGCGGUCAACCCGAGAUCACAACAUGCCACUCACGGACCGCCAUCACUGUCGAUUACAUCUUCUACUCUGCGGCUCUGGGAGACGUGAUGGCACAAGCAGAGUACAGUGCUCCGCCAGAGAGGGGUCUACAGCUGCUGGGCAGGUUAGCUCUAGUGGGAGAAAAGGAACUCCAGAAGGUUAAUGGCCUUCCCAACCAGCACAACUCCUCUGACCACCUGCCACUUCUGACACGUUUUCGUCUGCACCCUCAAGCCGACAGCUGACAGAACAAAAGUGCUUGUGAAUAUCAUAUGUGUUGCCUUUGAACAUGUUUUGGGGCAGAAUAAGAGGGAAGCAAAGAAAUCAUUUACAGAUCCUUUAAGCUCGAGAAGUGUCAUUAUGAACAUUGUUUUAGCUGGUGCAUUAUGGGAUGGUGACAUGCUUGCUGGAACAACCAAAUGAGGGAUGGUUUUUUUUUUUGGAACAAGGCAGCUUUGACACCAAGCAAGUGAUUUCAUAAAGAUAUUAAUAUUUUUUUAUUUUCAAGGUUUUACGAAAUGUCUCUUUCACUUGCGUCAUUUUAAAGUGAUAAAAAAAAGAGGAUGAAAAAUGAAUAAUUUUAUCUUCAAGCUGGCAUAUGUGUAAUUUUAGUUUCCUGAAAUAAAAAGGACAAUAUAUAAAAUUACAAACAUUUUUUUCUGAUGAUCUAAGUUUGAAAUAUAUUUGAGUUCCAUUGUCUUAAGUUAACACAAAUACCUUUCUCAAUUACAUUACUUGAUUAAUCGUAUUUGUAAAAAAAAAUUCUCCACCUUUUUUUUCAUGAUUUUUCCAAUAAAAGCUAAAAGUCUGAUCAACAUGAACAAACUAUGUGAACUACAUCUGUCAAAAACCUUACCCUGAUCACAGUUAUUGGCGUUUGUGAUGGAUCACAAGUAAUAUAUUAAUUCAGGAGUGUCCAAACUCGGUCCCGGAGGGCCGGUGUCCUGGAGACUUUAAGAUUUUUUCUUUUUUUUUGCAGUGUAAGAGCUUGAUUAGCUGGUUCAGGUGUUUGAUUAGGGUAGCAGCUGAACUCUCCAGGACACCGAAACUCCAGGACUGAGUUUGGACACCCCUGUAUUAAGCUUAUUGUAUUAUUGUAAAUAAGCAAACAAACACACAACAUCAUUGGAUGGCAGCAAUACAUCAAUAUCAUAUAAUGCAAGCAGAGAGUGCUAGAAUGAAAAAUCUUUAAUUUUGCAUGUUUCGUUUGUUUUAACAGUAAUACAUUUGAGGAUUAACAUUAGGAUUAAUUUGGAGAAAAAAAGCCAAGUCAAAUUAAAUGACUUGAAGCAACUGAGACAAGCUGGAAAAUUACUUCUCACUUGUGGUUUGAACAUUUAUAGUACUCUGUGUAAUGUAUUCUACAUUUAUUUUGCACAUUUAUUGUGUAUGAACAAACACCAAAAGUGCUUUACAAACAUGUGAGGAGGUCUCUCAUCACCACCACCAGUGUACAGCAUCUACUUUAAUGAUGCGAUGGCAGCCCAGGACAAUGAUAGCAGUGCGCUCACCACACCAGCUAUAGGGGGAGUGGAGAGACAGUGAUAGAGCCAAUUCAGCGGUUGGGGAUGAUUGAGUGGACAUAAAGGACUGAGGGAGGUAAUUUGGCCAGGACACCGGGGUUACACCCCUACUCUUUACAAGAAGUGCCAUGGGUUUGUUUAAAAAGGGCCUAAUCUGCAAAAUUUAAUUUUAGAAGGAGUUUAAAGUGCAAUAGUCUGUGGAUAUAACCAGUUUCUAAUGGCAAAAACAUUCAUUUUUUUAAUAAAUAUAUGUACUUCAUUUGA